AGUUUUGUUAAGACAGUAUGACGAGCUUCUUUAUGGGGCAUUCGCCAUGGGCUAUACCAGUCGAACCAACGGAACUCCAUUCUCACAAUCAAGGUCCACAGAUAAGACUACCGGGCGAGAAGAGAGGACAGUAUGAACAUACGCUUCCGUCUGAGGAUGACUUUCCGGAGUAUCCGGACGAACAACAGUACAUCUCUGCACCUCCUGAGCCCCCAGAGCCUGUUGUCGAGCCGUUGGAGUACUUGUCGCAAGAUUCCUUACCGAAGUUUACGGAAGACCAGCUCCGGGAAAGCCGCAUGAGGCGAAUACCCUACGCAGAAGUGCGUGAAGCUGUUAUGCUCGAGCGAGCCGAGGAGGCUGAGGUCACCAAGAUAAUAGGGGCUGAGAUCCGAGCCAAAUGCCGGCCCGAGAUUGACGAGUACGUGGACUGCGUAACCGAUAGAUAUCUAAGUCUUCUCAAGUGUAAGCCUAUUGCCUGGAAGAUGCGUCGCUGUGUAAAGAAAUAUGAGACAUCCGACUUCGUCGCCAAUCGAAUGCGAGAAUUGAUGGCAGAGCGGGAGGAGGCCGGGACUAGUAUCACGAAGCGUAAUGAGCUGAGUAAAGCUAACAAAUGUUUUAUACCCAAGGAGUAUAGCGAGGCUGAUCAUAGGCUCUGACCACUGGUCUGACCAUCCAUGUUAUUCGAGGCCUCUCGGGUUCUGCCACAAUUGUUGUUUCUGGAUGC